GAUUACCCACAUCUGCCGACUCCCCCAUGGAACCGAUCAUGUGAAAAGGGUUCGGCCGUCUCCAGCAACUUUCCCUCGGAAAACAGCUAGAGGGGACCCCGAGAGAAGUCGCCAUCAAUGACGUCCAUUUGAUGGAGUCCAAAGCUUUUUGUCUUGUUUUUUUCCAGCCACCCCUCCUCCUCUUGGGGGGUGUCUACAUGGGUGUGCUUUGAAAACGAAGCUCUGAAUUUCUUGAUGGCCGGUGAAGUAAACCUCACACGUUAAUCGCUGUAUUGCGACGUUCUGUCCUUGAUUCUACUGCUCACUCUUUGUCUCUGCAGAUUGUCCUGCGAAUUCUCCCAACCUCUGGCUCUGUUUCUUCGGCAGUUUGGAAGUCAGGUCAGAGGUGGAGAGGACAAGGGGAUGAGGUGAAGCAUGGAGGUAGCUGGGAACUACAUGUAGAGAGAUGUGCAAAGCAAUGAGUUUUGGCUGCUUUGGUGGGUUCAGGAGCUGUAAAAGACAUAGCAGCCCAGCUCAGGCCGAGGGAGAUGAGAUUCCGACCAACAACGUGAGGCUUUUCUCUUAUCAUUCAUUACGAUCGGCAACCGGGAACUUCCAUCCGUCAAAUAAAAUUGGAGGAGGUGGUUUUGGAGUUGUCUAUAAGGGAGUUCUGAGAGAUGGUACUCAGGUUGCGAUUAAGUCCCUUUCAGCAGAAUCUAAGCAAGGAACGAAUGAAUUCCUAACAGAGAUCAACAUGAUAUCGAAUAUUCAUCAUCCAAACCUCGUCGAACUCAUUGGCUGUUGUGUGGAGGGCGAGAAUCGAAUUUUGCUAUACGAGUACCUGGAGAACAACAGCCUCGCUAGUGUUUUACUUGGUUCAAAAAGCAAACAUGUCAUUCUGAAUUGGCCUCAGAGGGCUGCGAUUUGUCUGGGUACGGCAUCAGGCCUUGCCUUUCUUCAUGAAGAAGCCAAACCGCCCAUCGUCCACAGAGACAUUAAAGCCAGUAAUGUACUUCUUGAUGGAAACCUUGAUCCAAAAAUCGGAGAUUUUGGGUUGGCAAAGCUAUUCCCAGACAAUGUCACCCAUGUGAGCACUCGCGUAGCAGGAACAGUAGGUUAUCUGGCUCCAGAAUAUGCCCUCCUAGGCCAGCUGACGAGGAAGGCCGACGUGUACAGUUUUGGGAUACUUGUGCUCGAAAUCGUUAGCGGCAGAAGUAGUAGCAAAGCCGCCUUUGGGGAGGAACUCAUGGUUUUGGUGGAAUGGACGUGGAAACUAAAAGACGAACAGAGACUUCUAGACAUCGUCGACCCAGAGCUGGCAGAAUAUCCGGAAGAUGAGGUGUUGCGCUACAUCAAGGUCGCACUCUUUUGCACUCAAGCAGUUUCGAACCAAAGACCGACUAUGAAGCAAGUGGUGGAGAUGCUUUCAAAAAAUGUUAGCCUUAAAGAGGAGUUGCUGACGGAGCCCGGCGUAUUCAGGAGGAAUUACACUAGGCAAUUAGCUGGCGGUGGCGCUAGUUCGUCAGCGUCUUCUCAGGCCCAGAAGGGUAAGCAGGUGCCCAACCCACAGGACGCCUUGACUCAAAGUAGCUUCCACGGUGUGAGCCAAGUACUUCCGAGAUGAUGAUUAAGUCACUUGUUAUUAAAUGAACAUGCGCAGCACCGAAACCCGAGUACCCGAAUUUU